UUGUGUUCUACUUCUCAACACGGAGCUGCAUGCAGAUGUUUGCCAUGGUGGAUGGUAUGUUCCUAUGGAGGCGGUCAGCUGCUUGUAUCGCAGCAUCACUGUGAGAGAGCCCGCCGACAUUCCUCCGGAAACCGUCCCGUUGAUUCACACAGCUGUGCGGGACGAGAUGUUCGCGUCGGGGGACCAAACGGUGAUCGGCGGCCCGCUGGGGGACUUCAGGCAGCUGACUCGUCUCUACUGCAGGAAUGGCGGACAUCACCUGCAGAUCGCGGCCGAUGGAGCGGUGCAGGGACAGAGGGACGAGGGGGACGUGCACACUGUGUUAAAGCUCAAAGCGGUGGAUAAAGGCGUGGUCGUCAUCCAGGGAACACAAGCCGGGCGAUAUUUGGCCAUGAGCGACGAGGGCCGAUUGUACAGCUCACCCAUAGUGACUGAUGAAUGUUACUUCCUGGAGAAGCUGGAGGAGAACCACUACAACACCUAUGCAAGUCAGAAAUAUCAGGAGAGGAACUGGUAUGUUGCCCUGAAGAAGAACGGACGACCUAAACUGGGCCCGAGGACUCACAUCGGACAGAAGGCCGUCUUCUUUCUGCCCCGACGGCUCGGCGACGCCGCCGAGUGGAAACAGAUGGGACAUCAAGAAAUUGUGUGAAGAUGGUAGCAGAUGUACAUUGCAACAAAGAAGCGUCACGUUUUUCUGUCCAAUGACGCCGCUUUAGUAGGAAACAGGUCUUUUUGCUGAGGAGAAAAAGAAACUUGAUAAUAUAAUAAAUGAUUGUGACGUAAUGGUUCUCACACCGAGGAGAACUCUGGGUGCUUCUCAAGGUCAGCCCAGGGGCAGCAGCCAAUCACCCUUGCUUAGAUAAGCAUUUUGAAUUUUCUCCUCAUAUAUUGCACUAAUCUCUGUAACCAAUGGCUGGGAGGAUGUUGUCGACUUGUUGGACUUUUGUGCAGCCAAAGCUUUGUCUUAGCAGAUUAGAAGAGAAAGUAUCACCUAUACGCCUCCUGAGCUACUCGCUUCUCUUCAUGACAAAAUAAUAAUUUCAUAUUUACCUUUUGCUUUUACCAGGUGUGUAAACAGACCCAGGUCCACAAUACUAUAAUCUGUAACAAUCUAGAAAACUCAUACCUGAUGCAUUAAAAGUGAUGUUUAUUUAA